GCAGACAAAAUGCGAUCGAUGUGAUAGUGUGUAGAUACGAUCGAUGUGAUCGGCGCUCUUCUCCUCUUCCUGACACAAUCAUCGCGUUCUGACAUCUACACUUCUGCCUGCGAAUUGCGGAAGCAAAUUCGGUUCGAGUCGGUGGACAGGCGGUAAUAAAGCGUGUUUAUAUAUAUUUGUAAGAGGAUUAAUCUAUUAUUUAUCCAUCUUUUUCAAUAUUUAAGACGAUUUUGAUGACCCUGUAGCGGGAAGAAGACACUGUUUGAAGGAUUUAAAGCAUGCAGUGCACAGCCUCCUCUCCUCAUGAGCUCCCGCAGACGGGCGGCGAUCGGGCCAAACUCACUCAGCUCCCCGCCAAGGACUCGUCCUCCAUAGACAGCACCUCUGAGCUGGGCGGCCCCAGAGCGCUGACCUUUGACCUGCUGAACAUGGUGAUCUGCUUCAAGCGGAUGGCCAUCUUCCUGGAGCCCGUCACAGACACGCUGGAGGUGCUGCGGUUCCUGCUCGGGUGGAGGAUGCCGCUGUUCUCCCUGUCGAGCUGCGUUCUGCUCAACAUCCUCUUCCUCACGCUGAGUGAAGGCGGGUGGGUCUCUCUGCUGCUGCUGGCGGCCUCUGCUCCGGCUCUGCUGGGCUACCUCGGCAACCGUUGCCAGGGCGCGACCAGCGAGAUGGCGGUUCAGAAGAAGAAACACCACGCGGUCCAGCGGCGAGACCUGCAGACGGUCCACAUGAGCAAACAGGAGGCCAUGCUGGAGGUCAAGGGCAUGCUGAAAGGGAUAGAAGACGUUUUGACCCAGGCGUGUGUGUGUGCAGAGUCUGUGUAUAAAGUGUUUCACUGGGAGAACCACGCCGUGUCCUCCACGUUUUACGGUUCUCUCCUGACUGUGUUGUUCCUGCUGUGUGCGCUCCCGGUGGGUGUGAGUCUGUCUGUGCUCAACAGCGCCCUCUUCCUGUGGAACAGAGACUUCUGCAGAGUUCUUCUGGAGCUGAAGGAGUUUGUUUUCCCGAGUCGGGUCGAGUCCGUGGAGGAAACCGAACCAUGUGACCCAGAUCAGGCAGUCCUGCUGGAGCGCACGCCCACUCCAUCCAGUGUGGAGGAUCUUUCACCUGGCAACAUUGAAGAGGCAGAGGAGGCGGAGCCUGACGAUGAGUUUAAAGAUGCUAUAGAGGAAUCUCAGCUUGUGUUGCCGGAAACUCCUCUGGCUUUAGUGGAUGACGAGGACGUGGCUUCUGUUGUCCCCGAGUUUGACACCAUCUCUGAUAACGGGUUGUUGAGCAGAAACGAGCCCAUCCGCAGUAAAGUGUCCAAACUCACUGAAAAACUGCGCAAGCGGGUCCCUACCAACGCCACUGGAAACUGUUUCCAGUGCAAUUCAGCGUUUUCUGUUUUAAAGAAAAGGAGAAACUGCAGUAACUGUGGUGCCAGUUGUUGUUCCCGCUGUUGCUCGUAUAAAGUGUUCAAAUCCACUAUGGGAGCCACAGCUCCUGAAGCCCAAAGAGAGACUGUGUUUGUUUGUUCUAUGUGCAAUACUUUCCUCAACACCAAGUAGGAUUGGUCAUGAUCCUGAAAAACUCUUCCACCAUAGCAAUCCUGUAAGAGAAACUAGGGGUGGACCACAAUUCAGUGAUUCUCAAUGUUUCUUUCGUUCUAUCUGGAGCAUUUCACAUGGAGGACCAACAUCCUGCAGCUUAUGUUACCUUUUGGUUUUCUUCAGCUCUUGCUGUGGUUCCUCAGAGUUUUGUUUUCUUUGUUCAAAAUUCGUGACCCCCUUACCGGCUUUGCGUUUAAUGGUGACCUUUUUCUUUGGAAUAUGCUGCUUUCCCCAGCCAACUCUAAUAUAUCAAGAUCGGUUGGUUUACUUGGACCUCACCUUGCUGUGGUAUCAGAUGCUGUAGUUUCAUCAACCCUCAUUAUAACAUCACUUUCCAGAACUUGAGCCCUGGUGGGAAAUCAGGUUAAUAUCCAGGGCCCUGAUGAUGUAAUAUGAUCGUAUAAAGGAAAACAAGACCAUGUAAAUGAUGUUGGUCAUUUUCAUCAUUGCAUUGGAUGGCAAAAGCAAUGGAUCUGAGCGUUUCAGAAGGUUUAUAUUGUUUCACGUAAUUUCAAAUCUGAUAAGUUGGGUUGACAUCAAUGGUUUGUGAAGAAAAUACAUUUUAAUUCUCUCAUAAACCUGUUGACUUAACUCCUGUUACGAUUCGUAAACCUUCUGCUAUAGCUGCUUACCUGCUUUAUCCUGUGAUUGUUGAUUAUGUAUGUGUGCUUUUUUUAAUCUGGAGAAUGUUUUUAUUUAUAAAUGUAUCUUUGUUUUUUUGGAAAAUCCUCAAUAAUAAUCAAAAUAAUGCUACCAUAUUAGUCUAUCAGCAAAUAACGUCUCUUCAAUAAUUAUCCUCUUCACAUUCUUAUUGAAAGAAUGAGCUAGCUAUGUUCGUGUCAUUGUUUUAUUUUUCCGUCUGAUUGUUUUUAAGCCAUGGUUGAAUGUAAAAACAGAGUAUUAACGGUUAUAGAGCUAUGAAUGUCCUACUACUAUUUAAACAUAAAUUCAUAUUUGCCAGGUAAGUUAUCCAUAGUAUAACGCCAUGUUUCUUUGGUUGAAUCUACUGUUACAGUAAUAAAAAAUCUGAAUAUAA